GAUAGUGACUGACGCGUCUGAUGUUUGAGUUGAAAGUAGUUGCCUCAUCGCGGCAGGCUGUGUGUGUGUGUGUGUGCAUGUUGGAAUUCAACACUACUGUGUUAGACACCACAGUGACACACAGAUAGGGGAGGGAAUGCCACCGUACAGGAAAUGUCACGAUGCACAUGUGGAAUGUGGCCCCGACUCUUCCUCAGACCAGAGGACACAUUUGUAGACGAGUGAUCGAGUGAGGCGCUUUGAACCUCAAGCAGAGAGAAAGCCGUCUCGUGUGGACAAACCUUUGGAAUAAAACAUGCUUUUGUACUUUCAGCACGCGUGGAACACUUAAAACGGGCCUUGAGAAGUUUUUUGAAGACUGUGUGUUCUUAGAGGGAGAGAACCUCAACGGGGUGGGGGGAGGGGGCUCAAGCCCUGAUCAAAGCACCCCAUCAUCUGACCCCGCCUCCUGGACCCGCCCUGCUGAGGUCACUUCGAAAAGCCGAAGAUCGGUGGAUUGCUGGACGUGACGAAACCCGUCUGUGGGAGGUGCUUCUGUUGUGGACCAUGUGCUUCUGCUGAGGUCUCAUCUACUGACACAAUGAGGCUGACGCCCAGCUCGCCUCGCCCCGUCCUGCCAGCCCUCCUGGCCCUCACCUUAGCCGCCUUCUUACCUCAGCUGUCCUCAGGAGCCACGCCGUUUCCCCAGGACCUGGAACCAAUCAGCAUCGUGGGCAGAGAGUCCUCAUACCUGUACCCCAGCUUCCAGGGACUCAUGUCGGACAAUGACACCGUUCGCCUGGGCCUGGACUUCCAGAGGAUGCUGAGGAUCAACCACAUGCUCUACAUCGCUGCCCGGGACCAUGUGUUUGCCAUCAAUCUUGCCACUUCCUCUGAGCAGAUAAUCCCUCAGCAGAAACUGACUUGGAAGACGAAGGACGUGGAGAAGUGCACCGUGAGAGGGAAGAACAGCGACGAGUGUUACAACUACAUCAAAGUGCUGGUGCCUCGCAAUGACGAAACGCUUUUCGCCUGCGGCACCAACGCCUUCAACCCCACCUGCCGUAACUAUAAGAUGGCGACUCUGGAGCAGGAAGGAGAGGAGGUGGUGGGACAAGCUCGGUGUCCCUUCGAGUCCCGCCAGUCCAACGUCGGCCUCUUUGCAGGUGGGGAUUUCUACUCUGCCACUAUGACAGACUUCUUGGCGAGCGACGCCGUGAUUUACCGAAGUCUGGGAGAAAGCAGUCCGGUCCUGCGUACGGUCAAGUACGACUCCAAAUGGCUGCGAGAGCCCCAUUUCCUCCACGCUAUCGAGUACGGGAACUACGUGUACUUCUUCUUCAGCGAGAUUGCGGUGGAGUACACCACUCUUGGCAAGGUGGUUUUCUCCAGAGUCGCACGCGUUUGUAAGAAUGACAACGGCGGUUCCCCGAGAGUGCUGGAACGCUACUGGACGUCGUUCCUCAAAGCCCGGCUGAACUGCUCUGUCCCGGGCGACUCCUUCUUCUAUUUUGAUGUUCUGCAGUCGCUGACAAACGUGCUGCAGAUCAACCACCGGCCGGCCGUGCUCGGCGUCUUCACCACGCAGGCGAACAGCAUCACCGGCUCGGCAGUCUGUGCUUUCUACAUGGACGACAUAGAGAAGGCCUUCAGUGGCAAAUUCAAAGAGCAGAAGAACAGCGAGUCCGCGUGGACGCCUGUUCCAGAGGAGCAGGUCCCUAAACCAAGGCCAGGAUGCUGCGCCGGCGAGGGCUCGGCGGCUGCCUACAAGUCGUCCACCACCUUCCCUGAUGACACCCUGACUUUCAUCAAGUCUUACCCUCUCAUGGACGAGUCCGUGCCCUCGGUCAACGACAGGCCCUACUUCACCCGUACCACCAGCAGAUUCAAGCUGACCCAGAUUGCGGUGGACACGUCCGCGGGGCCUUAUAAGAACUACACGGUGGUUUUUCUGGGCUCUGACAACGGCCACGUGCUGAAGAUCCUGGCCAGCACUGAGGGAGCCAACGCGUCCUUCAGCACCCAACUCCUGGAGGACAUCGACGUCUACAACCCUAACAAAUGCAACGUGCGGGGGGAGGACAGGAGGGUGCUGGGUCUCGAGCUGGAUCGGGAUCAUCAUGCCUUGUUCGUGGCGUUCUCGAGCUGCGUGAUCCGAGUGCCGCUGAGCCGUUGCUCCGACUACAGCACCUGCAAGAAGAGCUGUCUGUCUUCACGGGACCCAUACUGCAUUUGGCUCAAGUCUGGCAGCUGUGCCACAGUCUCACCUGGCUUCAAAGGAGGGUUUGAACAGGAUGUGGAGAACGGUUACCAUCAGCACCCCGAUACCUGCCACGAUGUCCUGGCGACCACUCGCAAGCAAAACACAGCCCUAGAUUCAGCGUAUGGGAAGACCACACCCACAAGCGCCAGCACAACCUAUCAUGGGGCGGCAUUCCCAAAGGAGGCAGGUGACCCUGAAAGAGGUACAGGUCCCGAUGGCCCUCCCCCCGUGGGGGAACAAGGGUCACCUGACUCGGAGCCAAUCAGUGUGGAGAUGGAGGGUGUGAGGCGACCACCAGAGCAGGAGAAGACCAAUCACAGUGUCCACUAUACUCUUCUGAUUGCUUGUGUUUUGGUGGCAUUUGUCCUCGGUGCCUUCCUCUCGGGCUUCCUGGUCUCCUGCUACUGUAAUCACACGGGCCACAAGACCAAGAAGUUGUCGAAAGAUCCAGAGGCCCCGAUCCCACACGCCCUGUCCCUCCGCAGUCUGGCCAAGCUCAAUGGCCUCCUGGACAGCCAGAGUAAGGACGACAAGCUGGAAGUGUCAUCACCAAAGAUCUACAACUCAUUCUUUGCCAGCAAGGAGCAUCACCCACCAAGGAGAAACGGCCAUCAUGGAAUGACAAUGGGAGACCUGGUCCAUCCCCACCAUCACCACCACCACCACCACCUCCAUCAUUCUUCAGACCUGUCUGGUCUGCCUACACCAGACUCGACACCAGAACUGCCCAUCAAGAGCAUGAAAGCCUUCAAGAACCAGUGGGAGAAGAACCAGAAUUGCAACAAUGCCAAGGAGCCAAAGUCCCACAACAUUGGCUCUAGGCCCACUUCAGCCCAGCUUCACCAGCAGGUCUUCCCAUAUACCCAUGGCCUGUCCAAUGGACAAGUUGGAGGUCACCUCCAUUCGGAAGAGCGCAAAAUCCAUAAUGUCGAUCGUGUGUUAUCUCAGCAACCGUACCCAGGUAAUUCUCAGAAGGUGAUGGAGGUAACCUCUCUGGAUGAGCUCUUGAAGCACAUCCACGAGGCAACUAGCAGCAAGAGCUCCCAGUUAAUGAGCCCAUCAGGUCUGAUGGCCAGUGGUGGUGGUGGUCAGCUAGCGUUCGCCAACCGCAUUCAACCUCAGAUUCCUGAGACAGAAUCAGCCCCCUACUACAGCUCAUCUACUUUACCCAGAGACAGCCUCACCCGACGCAUGGAUGUUCCUCCAGAUAUUCCCUCACACCACCAGUCCACAUUGGAGAGGAGGCACUCCUCCCAGAGGCAUUCGCUGAUUGCCGCAGCCAACAAGAUGCCCGGUGGAGGUGGAGUAGGUGUAGGAGGAAUGAUCCCUCGCCAGCACAGUUUCAGCCAACGAAAUGGUGGACCCCACCAGCCACCUCCCCUCCUGGCACGGAUGAACUCAACAGGCAGCGCCUGUGAGGUCCACUACCCCCUUAUUCCCAAUGGUUACCUGGCACGCCAGCACAGCUACAAUGGAGAGCAGCAGGAUGUCCCACACAGGGGUGCUAUUGUCCGCCGAGCCUCCUCUCUCAAACCUGAUGUCCCUCCCAAACCUCUGUUCAUACCCGCCACAUCCCCAGUCAGCCAACAGGGAAAGUUCAACUACUGAGGAGGUACACUCUUGGACUAGAGAGGAAGUCUCUUUCGUUGUGUCUUCUUAAAGGAGCUUCUCUUUGAAGAAAUGCAGUGAGUUUGAGGUUGCAGACCUUCACAAGAAAACACAACCAGUCGUGUGGCAGCCAGCGUCACUGUGGACAAAAGCCUCAACCAAACUUGUUUUUUCCCUGUUUUUUUUCUCCAGCGGAUAUCUUUGUACCAUAUUGGUAUUGCUCAGCUACUUGCUUAUUAUAGAACUGCUGACUCGGGUGACAUGAUGCCACCUCCUUAUAUUAGGCUGCCAAUGUCCUCAGUGUGGAUUUACAAUGCAACUUAGUUUUUGGACGCGUUGAUGUUGGAAAAACUUUACACAUCAGUCAUCUUGAAGACUUAAAAGCCAGAGGCUCCUGUGAUGCUUAGAUUCAUGCUUUUGCUUAACCUUUUCUGAUGUAGUGUUGGUAACCGGUCCCCACCCGACCCGCCCUCGAAUGUGUUUAUAUUAUGCAUGUGUGUGUAUAUACAUGUGUGUUUAUAUCCACAACGUAUAUGUAUACAUAUACAUAUGCAGUAUACGUAACCUGUGGUGAAAAGUCAGCAAUUUCCCCUGAAAGUAGUUAUGUCUUUGCCUUAUUAUACUCUUUCAUCUUUGGGCAUAUCAAACAGUCCCCUACACCGCCUAAAAAUAUCGCAGGAACACCAACUCACGCACUUCAUCAAUACAACCCAUUGUCAUUUGGCUAAUAACACUGAACCUAAUUUGCUCGUGUUGACAAGAGGAAAGGAAAUACUUCAACAAAGCAGCUGUCCUCGUCUUCUCUCUCUCUUUUCUUUUUCCCGUCCCAGCAGAUGUCAGGUGACACAGUCGGGUCCGUAAAAGUUCCUCGAAUGUUUCUACAAGAUUGGUGCUCCACAAAUCUCGUGGGUCCUCUGAAACGGAAACAAACAAAACUGUAUACCAGACCCAAAGAGGACGAGUCGAAAAUGCCGUGACAUCUGGCAUUAUGAGAAUGAACAUAAAACAUAGAACAGACUGCAGUGAUUAUAUUAUUAACUUUGUGGCUAUUGGUUGUAAAUAAAGGGAUAAUUACUAGCCAAAUUUUAACUGUAUGUGUAAAUGUGUGCCUUAUUUAAUAAUAGUGUGUGACAUGGGGGCAGGGGUUAAUGCAAGGGGCACAGAUGGCUACUAUGCUACAGUAUAUUGUAGGUGUUUGAUUUUCUAUGGUCGUCAGUAUGUGUCUUAUGGUAUCCUGUUGUGUAUCUGAAGAGUUUCAUUCCAGAAUGAGAUGUUUGCCACCUGUUCUGGUACACUGUGAGUGUGACUGUGAAACUCACUAAAGAAUCACAUCUUAUAUCAAGAUUAUAUUGAGCCUUUUCUUUUCAAAUUUUCCAAAUUUUCAUCUGUUAUUUUGAGAGAUAUGAAACACCAGAUAGAUAUAAAUAUAUUUAUAUAUUUUUCCCAAGAUGGAUACAAGUGUUUUGGAAUGAAACCCUUCAUUUCUCUUUGUUAUUUUGUUUGUUUAUGUUUUUACCCCACAAGUGUGAGCCUGCAGAUUGUCUUUUGUCUUUUUUUUUUUCUUUUUUUGAGUGUUUGGCACAGCCUGAAACUGCAGACAUUCGGGUUCAACUGCCUCCAUGUUGUGUCAUUUCCCACUGGGUGUCACUUUCCCUAUUGGUGCCAUUGUUAACCUUUGUUUUUCUUCUUCUAGCAGUAGCAUUAGCUCAUCUUUGAGUUACUAAAGGAGCAGUUCACAGUUCCUCUUAAGUUAUCGCCUACAGACCUGUAGCCAUUGUAGAAGUCAAUUUUGGAAGGAAUGUGACUUUGUUAAUGUUAAAUAUUUUUUGUAGUUCUUUUCGGGAGAAAAUGUUGAGAAAAAUAAGGUUUUACAUGAUAGUGUUUGGACUUCUGCAAUGGUUACUGCUGUAGAUUUUGACUUGCCUGCGUCACCAGGUGCCAACUUGAACAACAUAGCGAGCAAAUAAACGUUGUGAGCAGAGACAUCAAAGUAUCUGUUGGGGAAAUGUGUGGUGGAACCGUGACAAAGUGCAAUGAACUCUGAUACAGCAAGCAGAGAUUGUCUCUUGGAUCGAUGCAAUCGUGGUUCCCGGGAGGCCACGCUGUUGAACAUCUGUCGAGGGUUUCCCCUCAGGGAUGGUGAUGCCAGUCGGCUCUGCCUCAGAAAUAUCACAGCUUUGAGAAUCUCCGCCGUUGCACUUUUCAGCAGAGUCACUUUGGCCACGGUUGACUGGAACCGUGAUCAAUUCUGUGAACACAGCACUAAGCUAUUUACUGUAUCUGAAAGUGGUGUCUAUUGAUUGAAAUUUCCCCGAGCUCAUUUGACCCAAUAGAAACUUUACUAUUCAUACUCCAACUCCAGUAAAUAAAGGAAAAUACGUCUGACCACGUUUGUAGAAAGGAAAAAAUUUGGAUAUUAACAGUCAGCGGAGCAUUAAAUAGCUUUGGAACAACAGAUUUUCUCGGGUUGUGGCCAUAAUGUUUUAUAAGAGGAAUUGUGGCAGCUACAGUGUUUGAUGAGUGGAAGUGUUUUCUUUUUUUAAUCUGCCGGUGACAGAUUGUACGGGAGAAGGAGCGAUCUCGCCUCUAAAAGCUCUAUCAGUAUUUGAUUUGGUGUAAAUACAUUCUAUCUGGGUGGGGUCUCACUGAUUCAGUAUUAUGUUCUUAUUUUCUGUUUGAUUUCCAGGCUAUGCCUCUUGAAUUACUAUGAAUUUGGUCUGACAGAAUACCAUUGUAUGUCUCUUAUACUAGGAAUAAAAUGACAAUAUGA